AUCGAAGAGAACAAUUUUUGCUUUGGGAAAAAAAAAAAAAAAAAGGAAGGAAAUGGCAAGGGGAAAGAUCCAGAUCAAGAGGAUAGAGAACACAACCAACAGGCAGGUAACCUAUUCCAAGAGACGCAAUGGGCUUUUCAAGAAAGCCAACGAGCUCACCAUUCUCUGCGAUGCUAAAGUCUCCAUUCUCAUGCUUUCCAGCACCGGAAAACUCCAUGAAUUCAUCAGCCCAUCCACCACAACGAAGCAAAUAUACGAUCAGUACCAGAGGUCUGAAGGAGUCGAUCUAUGGAACUCUCACUAUGAGAGAAUGCAAGAGAACCUGAAGAAGCUGAAAGAGGUAAAUAGGAGUCUCCGGAAGCAGAUCAGGCAGAGGAUGGGUGACUGCCUGAACGAGCUGAGCUUUAAGGAACUGCUUGGGCUUGAGCAAGAUAUGGAAGAGGCUGUCAAAGUUAUUCGAGAACGCAAGUAUAAGGUGCUUUCUAAUCAGAUCGAAACUACCAACAAAAAGCUAAAGCAAGCAAGACAAAUAAACAAAAAUCUCCUUAUCGAAUUUGAUGCUAGAGAAGAUGAUCCACACUAUGGAUUAGUUGACAAUAGAGGGGAUUAUGAAUCCGUUAUUGGAUACUCAACAGAAAUAGUUCCUCGCAUGUUUGCAUUGCGCCUGCAACCGAACCAGCCUAACCUUCACAGUGGAACAGGCUCAGAUCUCAUUGCCUAUCCCUUGCUUGAGUAGUAGUAAGUAUUACUCCUGAGGCUGUGAAGGCAAAUAGAUAUUUAAAUUAUAUUCAGUUGUGUAUCUUUGAAAAUGAAUUAUGUAUAGUUCGUAUGGGUAUUAUUUGAAAGAUUAUGCUUUUCAACAGUUAUGUAUUAACUACGUACCAUGGAUUUCUGUUGGUUUUUAUGUAACUGAAUUUGUAGUUCACUUAUUAUUAUUUUUUUCUAGUUAAUAUAUUGAAGAUGUUUGCGCAACCGCAGA